AUGUAUCUUCACGCCCUUCUAGCAGUUGCUGUGUCGUUGGCAUCAUUUCUGGAUUUCAACGUGGUGCAUGGUGCGACGCUUGCCGGAUACGGAGCAAACCCUUACGCAGGACCUGGAGGAUCUCCUUUUGGAGGACAAAGUGGAAGUCCGUUUGGAGGACCUGAAGGAUAUUACGGAGGACAAAGACGGGGUCAGUACGGAGGAUCUGCUGGGCCUUACCAAGGACGAGGAGGAAAUUCUUACGGAGCACCCGGCGGGCCCUACUACGGAGGACAAGGAAGAGGUUCGUAUGGAGGACGUGGAGGAUUUUACGGAGGACAAGGAGGUUAUCCUUAUGGAGGACCUGGAGGACCAUUCCCAAGCGGGCCAGGAGGAAAUUCGUUUGGAGGACAAGGGCAAUAUCCUUUCGGAGGGCAAGGAGGAAAUCCGUACGGGGGAUUCGGAAAUAGUCCUUAUGGAGGCUUUGGAGGAAAUACGUACGGAGGAGCCGGCGGAUAUCCGCGUGGUGGACCCGGAGGUUCUUUUGGAAGAUCUGGUGGAUGGAAAUAA